AAUAAGCAAACGGAGAUGAGAUCUCUCAUAGUCCCGCCAUGUGAUUGUACAAUGAACACUCCCAAGGAUUUGAAACUCAUUUAAAUUUUCAUUUAUUUUAUAUCCUUAAUUUUCUCUUUCUAAAUUUGGACAAGGAAGGAGAUGAGACAAAUUAAGAACAUGGGCUCCUUUCAAAUGGUUUACAUCCUUUGUCCCAUUUUCCUGCAUUUCAUUGCUCUUUCUACUUCUCAACCGGAACUUCUCUAUCACCAUUGUUUGGACAACCUGGGCAAUUACACUGCAAACAGCACUUACCAGGCUAACCUCAAUCACCUGCUCAACUCUAUCUACAGCAACACCCAAAUUGAUUAUGGAUUCUACAAUUUCUCCUAUGGAGAAAACACUAACAAGGUUUAUGCAAUUGCACUUUGCAGAGGAGAUACAAGGCCAGAUGCCUGCCGUGAUUGUAUUAACUAUUCAAGCUCCGCUAUAACUACGCUUUGUCCCAAUCAAAAGGGAGCUAUUGUAGGUUUUGAAAAAUGCAUGUUGCGCUACUCUGGCCGAUCCAUCUUUGGCCUCGUGGAAGUUGAGCCUUCCUCUUCAGUUUAUAACUUGAAUAAUGUUUCAGACGUUGAUGGGUUUAAUAAGUCUCUGUUCUCCUUAUUGGAUAAACUGCGAGACCAAGCAGCAGCAGGCGAUUCUCGGCUCAAAUAUGCUACUGGAGAAAUAAGUGCUCCAGAUUCUCAGACUAUAUAUGCAUUGACACAGUGCACUCCUGAUUUGUCCCAAUCAGACUGCAGUUAUUGCCUUUAUAAUGCUUCUGCAGUUAUUCCACAGUGUUGCAGAGCCAGGCGAGGCGGAACAAUUGUUCUCCCGAGCUGUAACCUUAGAUACGAGAUUAACCAAUUCUAUGAUGAUCCUGUUGGUGAAGUUCCAUCUUCAAAAGGAAAACAGAGGGUGGUCAUCAUUAUAAUUGUUUCUGCUGUUAUUUCUGUGAUUCUUAUUGUCUGCAUUAGCGUUAUUGUGAAACGGAAGAAACCAAGAGAGGAUGCUGAAGAAGAUGUGGAUGGCAAUGGCAUCAGAGACGUAGAAUCCUUGAGAUAUGAUCUGGAAACCAUUAGACUUGCGACGAAUAACUUCUCUGAAGCUAAUGAGCUUGGAAAAGGUGGUUUUGGUAAAGUAUACAAGGGAACAUUUCCCAAUGGACAGGAUAUAGCAGUGAAGAGAUUAUCUAAGGACUCUGGACAAGGUGAACUUGAAUUCAUUAAUGAAAUCCUGUUAUUAGCUAAGCUUCAGCACAAGAAUUUAGUUAGGCUUCGAGGUUUCUGCUUUGAACAACAGGAGAGGCUUCUUGUCUAUGAAUUCGUGCCUAAUUCGAGCCUCGACAAACUCUUACAUGAUCCAGUCCAGCGCUUGCAAUUGGAUUGGGAAAAACGUUACAUGAUCAUAGAAGGAAUUGCUCGAGGACUUCUUUAUCUCCAUGAAGAUUCUCGUUUUCGAAUCAUUCAUCGCGAUCUCAAAACCAGUAACAUUUUAUUAGAUGAACAUAUGAAUCCAAAAAUUUCAGACUUUGGCAUGGCAAGGUUGUUUGCUGCAGAUCAAACUCAGGACAAUACUAAACGAGUCGUUGGAACAUUGUUGUAUACAUGCAUAUACAUAAAGCAUGGAAAGUUUUCAAUCAGAUCAGAUGUCUUCAGCUUUGGUGUCCUAGUAUUGGAAAUUGUGAGUGGUCGGACUAGAAGUUUUCGGAAUGGGGAGGGCUUCGAGGACCUUAUAAAUUAUGCUUGGGAGAAUUGGAACCAGGGAAGAGCUUUAAAUCUGAUAGAUACCAGUUUGAGUGGUGGCUCAAGAAACCAGAUGAUUAGGUGCAUCCACAUUGGGUUGCUAUGUGUUCAAGAAAAUUUAGCAGAUAGACCAACCAUGGCGUCAGUUGUUAUUAUGCUGAGUAGCAGCUCACUGAGUCUUCCAGUGCCUCGAAAACCUGCAUUUUGUGUUCAAAGUGCGGUGUUGGCAGAGGCUGCAUCGGAGUACUAUGGGCAGGAGCAGGAACAAUCUUCUAAGAAUGAUGCUUCAAUCUCUGAGCUGUACCCUCGAUAGAAUUUGAGGGAGGAUGCAUUAUAAAGUCCUCAUGGAAUUUUAUUUUCUGUUUUCCUUUUGCUUUAUUCAAUCUAAUGGUGUAUUAUUUUGUUGAUUUGGGUAGGAUUAGAAUAUUUGGUAUUAUUAAUGCUUGCUUAUUUCUGGAAAAUAAUUUGUA